AUGCGCGCUUGGGUCCGCUCACGGCGCGGACCUGCUUCCACCGCGCUGGAGCUUGUUUCCGACUAUCCCACGCCCGCCAUACCCACGGCCUCGUCAUCCGACGUCCUGAUCCGCGUGUCACACGUGUCAUUACAGUUCAGUACUGAAAUGACGAUGAAGAUACUGCCAAGUCUGCCCUUCAACAGUCCAUGGGUGCCGGAGAUUGAGUUGUCUGGUGAGGUCGUGGCGGCUGGCGAUGACACGCCGGUAGAGGUGCGCAAUCUGGGCUCACACGUUGUCGCCUUUGUGAAGGUUCCUAGCGACAUAUUAAUGGGCCGCGGCGUACUGGCAGAGUACGUGCGACUGCCCGCUUGCCAGGUUGCACACAUCGACGACGUUGUUGAUAUGGCAUCCGCCUCGGGCAUUAGCGGGUCCGGAAGCACCGCACUCAAGAUGAUCCGCACAGCGGGUGUGCGUGAGGGUCACUUUGUGCUCGUCAAUGGGGCUAGCGGCUCGAUCGGGUCGGUGCUCGUGCAGCUGUGCAAGCUACGUGGUGCAAAGGUGGUCGGUAUAGCCAGCGGCGGUAACGAGUCUAUGGUUCGUGAUCUGGGUGUCGAUGAGUUUAUUGACUACCGUAAAUAUGAUCAGCUGCCGGCUUACCUAGCACAUCAUUAUAGUGACAGGCCGUUUGACUUUGUGCUCGACUGUGUCGGCACGCAGGCCCUUUUUGCCAACUCACCAGCAUACCUCAAGCCCGAUGGAGCCGUGAUCAAUGUCGGCAUGUUUGAGGGUAUAUUUAUGUUGGCUCGCAAUGCACUGCUUAAUAAAUGGCUGCCAACAUGGCUGGGCGGGGUGCCGCGCCGUUAUAUCAUGUUCAGCACGCCGCCAGCAUGUGAUGAUGUAAUAUAUCUGGCGCGGCUUAUUGAGGAGGGUCGAGUGCGUAUCCCUGUCGACUCCAUCUUCAAUAUGGAGGACGCCGUACGUGCUUACGAGCGCAUCGCCACCAAACGUGCGCGUGGAAAGGUUGUGGUGAAAGUACACGGCUGCUAG